AGAUUUUGCUACAGAAAGUAAAGACCAUCAACAUCAAAUCAUGCCUCUCCAAGGAGAAAGGAGAAGGAUGAGAGAGAGAGAGAGAGAAGAUGAUGAAUAAAAGCCACCUUAGUUAGUUAAGGAUCUACUCAAUGCAAGUGAGAGAAAUGGAGAGAGAAGAGCAUGAGAAGAGUAGAGAGUAUAGAAGGGGGAAUUGGAGUCUGAAUGAGACAAUGGUUUUGAUUGAAGCAAAGAAGAUGGAUAAUGAGAGGAGGCUGAAGAGGGUUAAAGAGAGUGAGGAGAGAAUGGUCGGAAGCAGCAGUAGUACUGGUGGCAAUCUUAAACAACCAGAGAUGAGGUGGAAAUGGGUGGAGGAUUAUUGUUGGAGAUAUGGGUGCCAUAGGAGCCAGAACCAAUGCAAUGAUAGGUGGGAUAACCUUAUGAGGGACUACAAGAAGGUGAGAGCAUAUGAGUUGAGCUUGAGAGGACAAAGGGUUAAUGAUGGGUUGUCUUAUUGGAAGCUUAAUAAGCAUGAGAGGAAGGAGAGGAACUUACCCUCUAACAUGUUGCUUGAGAUAUAUGAGGCUUUAGUUGAGGUGGUGGAGAGAAAAGGAGGUGAAGAUCAUAUGGGUACUGGGGGUAGUGCUUCUAAGAAGGAAGGGGUUAUGGUCAAGGAGAGCCAAACAGGAAGCAUCUCACCCUUGGUUCCUCUCACUAUGCAACUUCCUAGCUCAAGCCAUGGACCACAAACAACCAUGAUCAUGCCACCACCUCCUCCCCCCCCUCAUCCCACAAACCAAACUCAACCAUUGGACUCAGUAGACUCAGAUGAUAAUGACCAUUCAAACUCAUCAACUGAGAGAAAGAGGAGGAGAGAAGAAGGACCCAGCACCAGCAGUGCCAGAACCAAACAACACAGCAUAAGCUCCUCAAUCUCCAAAAGUGCUUCCAUUUUAGCAGCAGCACUCCAAGCAAGUGAAGAGAGAGAAGAGAGCAGGCAUAGAGACUUGAUGAUCUUAAGAGAGAGGGCAGCCAGCCUUGAGCAGUCAAAGUCAGAGAUCAGCUCUCAGUCCAUGGAGGCCAUAGCCACUGCCAUCAACAAGCUUGCCAGCUCAAUCCUGGGCUUGGUUUCUGACAGGGCCUCAUCACACCCAAAAUAAAGGUUAUGUGUGCAAGAAAACCCAUGUAGCUAGAGCAGCAGCUAAUGGCCCCACAAAUUAGCUAGUGUAUAGCCUGUGAACUGAGUUAGCCACAGCACUUAAAAUUCUAUCAUGUAGACAUGCAUACUCAAUUUAUUUUUUGGUCCUUGUAGGGCUAAGGAAGGAGAAGCCCUUCUUUUACAAUUUCAUCCACCCAUAUUGUCACCUCCAAUGAUUAAUCUUUCUAGGGUUUGCAGGAACCCCCUGCUUUGCAACUUUCAGGCCAUAAUUGCUUCUGGGGGAAAAAAAAAAAAAAAGGUAAAAGGAAAGAUGCUCUCUGUGUGAGGCACAUGAUAUCAUUGCCAUUGGCUGAUUGAGUACUGGGAGAUUGAGAAAUUGUUGACCUGUAAUUGUUUUCCUGUUGGGAGCCAUUUAUUUAUUUCA